GUGCAGAUUCCCUCUACAGAAAUAGUUUCAGUCUCAGUGAUGAAAAGCUCAACUCUUCAACUGCAUCUACUCCAAGCUUGCCAUCCCCUUCAGUGACUCCUUGUAAAGCAAAGCUUGGGGACACAAAAGAGCUGGAGGACUUCAUUGCUGAUCUUGACAGAGCACUAGCAAGCAUGUGAAAUGAAUUUUCAGCAUUGUGCUUGCAUGUGGGUGUCCUCUGAAGGAUAAGUGACAUCAAUCAGCAAGAACUGCUGCCCUUGUCUGAUAACUUUGCUCAAGAUGCCCUCUGAACAUAACCUUUGUGAACUCCUGCAAGUAUUUAACUGGCAACAUUGAACAUUGGUUUUGGGGUUUGGGUUUUUUGGGUGUUUUAUGUUUUUUUUUUUUUCUUUGCAGCAGAUGGAAUAACUUAAAUGUUAGAGCUGUAUUUUGCUUUAAAAUAUAGCUUGAAUUUUAAUUUAAAGUUGCUUUUACGCAAAUAUAUUUGUAAUUUUAUAUAGUUGAAGACUUUAAUGCUUUUCUCCAUUAUAAUAUAUUUUUGUAUGCAAAUAAAUCCUGAAAUGAAAUCCAAAUGUCUGUAAGCUUCCUAUGAACAUGCAAACUCUGAAACAGAAGCACAAAUUCAACUCUUACUGAGAACAACACACUUUAAAAUAUCUUGGUAGUGGUAUAUUUUCUGUCAAUUUCAACUAGCAUUAGAAAUUUUACCUAUUUCCAUUAGGUAAAAUUUGUUAUGCUAGUUGAAUGUGGUUGCUUAAAUAAGAACUUUGUGCUAUGUAAAAUUAAUACAAACAGGAAAAUAAUAAAUUGGGUCAAACUGUUA